AACUUAGAUAUCAUGUUAAAGCUAAAUGGCCAGACUUACAGAUAUUUAGCCCUUAUUUUCUUCUUUCUGCCUUUUGAUUCCUCACUGAUCUAAAGCUGUUCGGCUACCGUAGGAGUGCAGUUUCACCAUGUCUCUCGAAUUUAUCAUAUGGUUGUUUGCAUUUUUGUUACAGGCGGCUAUGCUGGGCCGGACCAUGUUCGCGCUCAUAUCUCUGUCGGACCUGGAGAAUGAUUUUAUCAACCCUUACGAUUUGACUCUGCGGUUGAACCGAUUCGUGGCGCUCGAAUACGUGGGUCAGGUGCUAAUAACUGCGUCGCUCCUCCUCACGGGGAAAUGGUUCAUCGGGGUGCUCCAGCUGGGCAUGCUUGGGUUCCUAUUGCAUAACUGGUCCACGCGCCGGCACGUGGUGGAUGCCACGGACGUGUUCCGGCAACUACCUGUACAGAAGAAGCGCCGGCUGAUUAUGUUCGGCAGCUUUCUACUAUACUUUAUCAUUAUAACAUACCGGUUGAUCGAGUCUGUCAUCCACGGGUUGCUGACUGACGAGGGUCGAGCGAACGCCAAGAGGUUGUUCCAGGACGCGGCGGCCACGUUACACGGGUAUUGAGGAUCCCGCGAUGGGUUUGAGGAGCACGCACCUGCCUGGAGAGCACUGCACCAGGGCACACCAGCUCUUAAAAGCCCAUGUAAAAGAACUGGGCAUUCGGCCUGGCCAACCUUUGGACUGCCUUCCUCUGCUGUGAACGUGUCUAGGAACGUUCUUUUUCAGUACGUGGUGGCGGUGGUGGUGGGCCACAGCGGCUCGUUACUGGGCUUAAGGGCUCCCAAGGGGCUACGGAACCAACGCCUUGGGGAUUGAGUUGAGUUUUUCGAGGAGCAGGUGGACGAAUGCGACCCUAAUGGCCCCGCAGCUAACAGCCUUAAGGUGGACAUGUUGCAAUGUGCGAACAAGGCCUGAAAUAGGCGGAGGACGAGGGACGCAUAGGAGGGACAGGACACCGCCCUGCGUGCUUACGGGUUUGUGGACGAUGGGCGGUAUGUCGGUAGGACUAAAUCGGUGCACAUGUCCUGGGGCUGUGCCUUUCCAUGGUAGGCGUACUCCGCAUGUACCGCUUGCUGCAGGUGCAGCGGCUGGCUGCAGCUGCACGUUGCAAAUGCUCUUUUGUUGGACGGCCGGCCGAUUGCCAAUGGGCCAGUUGGAUCAUCUCCCGACGGUUACAUGAGCAUGUACCUCCUGGCUGGCUGGCACCGUCAGACCUGUUGCAUCAGCAAUAAGCAAGGCGGCAGCGUAGGAGGUGCGGGAACCUGUGUUCCUUGCAUGUUCGAGGGGAAAUGCCGCAGCAGCGUGGGGAAGUGUUGCUUGACACCCAAUCUGAAAUCCAUGAUGCCGGUCUCUUCUGGAGGCGGUCACUGGCUCACAGCUGUACCUACGAUACGUCCACGCGAGAUCCGGGGCGGGCCGUACCGGGAAUGGAAAAUGGGCACAUGUAUGCAGGGGGCUUGCGUCCCCGUGUGGGCGCUACAGGGGGGCCCUCCGACGUGGAGCCCCGCUCCGGAACCCGGUAAGAAAAUCUAGGGCCCUCAUCGUGUCCACCUUGCGGAGGCGUAUCUGGGGGGACCUCGCGGAGGAUAUGGGCCCCGCAGAAGAGGACAGGCGGUGGGUGGACAGCCGGUUGGGUCCCCGUAACACGCAAAAGAGGGGGAGGAUCCGUGUUCACUGUUCAUCCACUCGGGCAGCAAACGCAGCUGACGGCAAAGAAGUACCCUAGGGUCUUCCCUGUGUUGUGUGCCUUGUGCGUCCCGGCUGAGUUCGGUCACACAUGGUGGAAAAGAGGUUUGUGGAUGCUCGCUAACGGGCGGCGUGGAAGGUAAUCACCGACUUUAUUUCGCCAGUGAGACGGAACUGCGCGUGGUUCGCUGGUGGCGGUGGCGGUGCAGAGGUGCGGUGCCGCCUGUCAACGACCGGAAGGGGAGACUGGCCCCGGCCAUACUGCUGAUUACGAAAAGGCCGGCACAAUGG